CUUGCUCACAUACAUAAGGGAGAGGGGAGCUGUGCUCAAUGUUUCUCCAUAGAUCUGACUCAAGCCUUCGCCCCAAACGAAAUACCGUAAUUUCCUCUGAAAAAGAGUCUAUUUUUCUGACCAGUGAAGAGGGAAGUCAAAUUCACUUCGCUGAUGAUCAACACAAUGGAGUGUGCAGUGGACGCACAAAGUCUGAUCUCGAUUUCUUUACGGAAAAUCCACAACUCCAGGACGCAGAGAGGAGGAAUCAAGCUGCACAAAAACCUCCUGGUCUCCUACGUCCUGAGGAACGCCAGGCAGCUCUACAUGAGUGAAAAGUACGCGGAGGUUUACAGGAUGCAACAGUACGAGGAAGUGAUGACUGUUUGUAACGAAAUUCAGGAGCUGAACCCCCUCGACUUGGGCGAGGACUGUAUGGAACAGAGCGAGGACUGCUGCGGCAACGGUGGUGGAAGCGAGCCGGCGAGCCUGUGUGGCGCGCUACUGCCAGUAAGCCACACAGUACAGUCCGCGCAUAUCCAGACGGCCACUGCCUGCUCUGCGCCUUUAUCGCUCCACGCCGAAGAGGUCUGCAAGGAGCCCGAUACCUCGUUCUACCGGAGCUGUUGUGCCGAACCAUACCCAGUCUCGAACUGCGACUUUUCCCAGGCUAACGGAAUCCACUGCAACAAAACGACGGUGCUGGAUUUGGACACGCAUGUAGUGACUACUGUUGAGAACGGGUACCUCCACCAGGACUGCUGCGCGCCGCUCCAGCAGUGUUGUCAGGGCGCACAAACCCCAGCAAAGAAGCGCAAGGUUGACUUUGGGUAUUACGUGACCGAGCCCGAGGAGGUGCCGGAUUUUACGCCAUGUAAACGAGCAAGGUUCGACGACUUUUCCUGUCUGAACUCCGACCAGUUGGACUCUUCGAACAUUUCCAAUCUUAUCUCCAUUUUUGGAUCGGGGUUUACGGGGCUAGUGAGCAGACAGGCGGACUUUGAGCAAACCCUAAACGGACAAUUCUGUAGCACACAAGCCUUAGCGAGCCUUGGAGCGUGGACUCGAGCAAUUGUGGCUUUUUGACUCCGUGGUAAAUUAGAGAGAAUUAGUUAAAUAAAUUGUACAGAGUUUAAAACAAAUUGACUUUAUUUUUGCAAGAACAGCACAUAGGCUAUUUAAUUAUCAAGCAGUUUUAUUUCAUUUUUGUUUAGAUCGGGAGGGGAGAUGGUUACACAUGUGAUGUGCAGGCUUUUCUUUAGACUGACCUAAACAUUUGAAACAUUUUGAAUGGUUGUUGUAAAUCCCUUAACGAAGUUAAUUUCGUUGCCUUAACCAAUGCAUACUGCUAGCUACUGUUGCUACAAACAUUUAAAGUGAUUGAAUGUUUCGCUCUUCAUUUUUAAAUCCAGUCAACAGAACAGUUUAAUAGCCUACAAAGUACACUACAUAAUUCCGUAUAUAUUUAAGAAAUUAUCUUAACUGGAAAACUAUGCCAUUCAGCUUGGUAAGAUCCCACUAAGACAUUUUUGUUGUACGUUUUGGUUUUGAUAUACUAUGCGACGAAUGUAUAAGAUAUCACAUGUUAAAUAAUGACGUUUUUAAAUACUUGAUCGUCGUUAUAAUUUUGUUUUAUGUGUGAUAACUUCAGCAUCUACAGUACACUCCUGGCUUCAGACAGAAAACAUUGUAAGGAGUCUUGGCACGUCCGCAACCAGGCUAAAGCAUUAGCAAACUGGUGAAGGCAGAAAAAAGAUGCAAACUUUUCUAACCCUCAGCUGCGGUUUAAUGUAUAGGAACAUGUUUUUAUUCUUUGAUAACUGUUUCACUUGUGUACCUGACCGGGUUGCUGUGUGUGGUGUCAGUUCUGUGGGACUUGUAGUCCAUUUGUGUCAAUCUUCCCAUCACACUUUGGAUUGGAGCAAUGAAUUAUCACUACAGCUCCCAGAAUGCACAGACAGUACAUCAUUUAAUCCGACCAUGUAUUUUAAUGACAUUUUGGUCUGCUGAGCGUUUCCCAUGUGUGUUUCUCCCCUUGACUUUUCUACAAGUUACUGAUCAAGCCUUCCUUCACAGUAACUCACGGUGCCAGCAUUGCUUGGAUUUGCGAGUUAGAAGUUUUUCUAUUUAGACCUUUUGUUCUAAAAAGGCAAGUUUGUGACUUUAGCCAUGCAUCCUCACAAUAUAAGCACUAUGUGUAAUGAAAUAAAAACGUUUUCAGACGUUCUCUGCAUAUUUUGUUGAUAUUCUUGUAUUUUUGUGCAUAUGAAAUUGUAUAUCACCGGGUAAAACUGUUUUAAAAAUAUUUGUUUAAAUUUAUAAUCUUAAUUAAAAAAAAGAAAACCAA